AUGGAGAUAGGCGACCUUAUUUCGUACGGAAAGCAGCUCGGGCUCAAAGGUUCAGCCCUCAAGGAAUGGGUAGACUCCGAGCGGGCGAGGGGCGAAAGAGAAAAGGCCCUAGAGAGAGAAGCAAGGGCUGAAGAAAGAAAUUCAGCCAAGGAAGAGGCUCGAGCCCGAGAAGAUGCCGAGUUUCGAUCGCUGGAGCUGAGAGUAAAGCUCGGAGAGGCCCAGAUCAAACUACGAGAAGCCCAGAACGCGGCGACGCCUCCGCCAGCAGCAGGUGGAGGAACCGAGGGGGCCGGGCAAACUCUGGGAAAGAACCCCCAGCGCUGGUUGCCAGCAUUCAACGAGGAGAAGGACGAUCAGGACGCGUACCUCCUGAGAUUUGAGAGGCUGGCCACGGGACAGCGAUGGCCACGGGAGCAGUGGGCCACCGCACUUAGCGUCUGCCUCACCGGAGAGGCGCUCAGGGUGUUUUCGCGACUGACCCCGGAAGACUCGGCUGACUACGACAAAGUUAAAAAAGCGCUCCUUCAGAGGUUCCGCCUGACAGCCGAGGGCUUCCGGGAGAAGUUCAGGGACGGGAAGCCGGAAAAAGGGGAGACGGGCACCCAGUUUGCUGCCAGGUUGGCCAGUUUUCUCGAUCGGUGGGUCGAUCUGUCAGAGACGGCGAAGGAUUUUGACGCCUUGAGAAACCUCUUGCUCACCGAGCAGUUUAUUUGCGGAGCCCCCCCCCCCCCCCCCCCCCCCCCCCCAAAAUUGUCUUUGUUCCUCCGGAAAAGGAAGAGUAAGGAACUGGGCGACAUGGCAGAGCUGGCUGACCGGUACUUAGAGGCACAACAACAGGAGACUCACGGCAAGGGUGGUGGGGCUGACGAAGCGACACGGGCCAAGCAAGGUGCAAGGCCUUCGGGGAGCUCGCGCCCGCCCAGGAGAUGCUUCCUAUGUGAUAAAACUGGACAUCUGGCCGCUGACUGCAGGGCCGGCUUUUCCACCAAGAAGCCCAUCGCGUGCCGACAAUGCGGAAAGACCGGACACGCAGCAAGCCAGUGUUGGAGUAGGCCCCAUGAGAAGAACAAGGUUUCCUGUCUCAGGGAGACCCCAGAGUCGCGAAAUACAACCGCAAGUUGUGUUCAAGGGGGCUACGUGGAGCUCAAGGAUGGGACAAAAGUACCUGUCCUGAACGCGGUGUCGGAGCCGGAGCCGCCGAUGACGAAUAUGCCGGUCACAGCAGGGAAAAUCCAAGGCAAGACAGUUAGCGUCCUAAGGGACACCGGCUGUAAUACUGUGGUGGUGCGCAGAAGUUUGAUCACUGAGGCCGAUCUGAUGGGAGAGUCGAGUCCCGUCUAUCUAGUAGACGGCACUGUGCGAAUCCUGCCUGAGGCAAGGGUGCACGUGGACACGCCCUUUUUCACGGGGGACCUAAUCGCCAAGUGCAUGGAGAACCCGCUUUAUGAUGUCAUCCUCGGAAACAUCCCGAACGUUCGCGCCCCGGGAGACCCUGAUCAGAGUUGGAACCUGCCCAAGGCAGAGAAUGCAGGAAACCCACCCAAGGGGAGCGGAGAGGAAGAGGAAGCAUACCCCGUGACCGCAGCUGUGGAGACAAGGAGCAACAAGCAGAAGAAACAGACGAGUUCUCCCCUUCGGGUCCCGCUGAUCGGCGGCGAACCUGAGAAGCCCGAGAAACUGGCGGAGGAGCAGAGGAAAGACAAUACCCUGAGGAGCUGUUUUGAACGCAUGGGGAAGGUCUGGAGAUGGCGGAAAAGUGGCAACACGUAG